UCGCCUGUCAUCUCAUGUGUUGUGCCAGCGGUCGUGCUCGUCGUAACUUCGAUGUGCAAGCGUACGCGGCCUCAACGAACGUUACCUUAGCGCAGCUGCAGCAGUGGUCAUGGGUUCCCAGCUGAGCUCGGAGGUGAUGGGAGCCUUUCGGCACUCUCAGGUGUUUGGUGAGAUCACCACACUCACAUUUGAGCGCUUCCUGGCCAAAGUGGAUGAGCUGAAUGAUAUAUGCCAGUACCUGGUGGACACGAAAAACCGCCGCCUUGUGUUUGAAGUGCACAGCACAUCCGAGACACCUGUGCUGUGGAAGAGCGAGGUCCGCGUCCGCUGCCACAGGGUUGGCUCGGGUGAAGCUCGGCUUCUGACCUUGCGGCAGUUCUUGCACACAUACCACACCAUCAAGGCCUACUACUCGGCUGCGGCCUCCUGCGGAGAGUCCCCUCCAGGCAACAUGUGUGCCUCCACCUUGUUCACUGGUGUCCUGGGCACUACCACCACUGAUCUGGAGGAGUGCUGCAUCUGCAUGGAGCACAGGCCAGAAGUGACCCUGCCCUGCACACAUAGCUACUGCCUGCAAUGCAUCGAGCAGUGGAAUGUGUCCAACACAACGUGUCCCCUGUGCCGGGAGGAGUUUGAGAGCACCAAGGAAACCUGGGUCAUCUCGGAGGCUCCCGAGUCGUCGGAGGUGCUGAGUGAAAUGCAGAAGGCGCUCUCCCAGCUGCCUGAACAGAAAAGCAGCCCAUCGGCACGAUGAACUGGCUGUGUGCUGCUAAGUCAAGAGGGUGAUCAUGCUGCCACUUGCUUGCUUGGAAAUAAUAUAUGCCUUCUGCAACAGUACACAUUAUUAUUUGCAACAAAUAGCAUUGCUGUUGUGGUGUAAUAUGCCUCCACUACAUGCAAGAGCCAGCUAGGCAGGCAGCAAUAAUGAAAUGUUAUGCAGUAAAUCGCAUGAGAGGCAUUUAUGACAUUCCUUGAAGAAAAGAAAUGCUUGAAAGGUCGCGGUGCAUAUGCUAAACACGAGAAGCCUGCCUUUUCUUCAUUAGUAAUAGAUGUCACCAUCAGGUUCAAGUUAUGUGGAAAUAUUUAUAAAAAGACUUUCGUAUAUCAUCGGCUUCUUUAAAAAUUGACAGUAGUAAAAAGUUAUAAAAAGUGCCAAAUAUUUGUUGAGUAUAUAGAUGAGGACACCAAACCUCGAAAUUAUUUGAGAUAUUGAAACCAUCAUCAGUUUCAAAUUCAGCAUGCCCAAAAUAUGCAUAUGCACAUGAACAACUUGUCCGAUACGAAUUAUUACUGGUGAAAAAAAAACAAAGGAGAACCCCACCACAGCACCAUAUGCUGCCAGCAGCCACCUAGCUCAGUUUGUCUCUCUACUCUACUGAAAGAGUAUAAACUGUGGGUUCAAGCCUAGCGAUGCACAGUACCAUGUAAGUUGCAUGCUGCUAUGCACACGCAGUUAUCUUUCUUCACUUCACUUUCACUUCACUUUAUUACCUUAAAGACCCCGAUUAAGGGGGUAUUACAUAAGGGGUGGGUUUACAAAUAAAGGUUAUAGAGAGUGAUCUUCAUGAGAAACAAAUGUAGUUAAGUUGUCCGCAAAAGUUGAUGAACACGUGAUGGCUGCAAUGUCAUGGGGAAGGCCAUUCCAGUCCACUGCUGUGUGAAAAAAAAAUGAGGCCGCCAAAGUAGUGGUGCGAGCACGUACGCGUGCGAUUGAGUAAGGACAGGACGUACGGGGAGAUAUGCACGCCGGUGGGAUGAUGUCCGAUGCUUGAUUGAGGGGACUGUGAAACAAUUUGUGAAACAAACAAAGACUGGCGAUGCGGCGCCUUAGGGUAUCAAACUUUAUGAUCAUCAUCAGCCUCUUUUACGUCUACUGCCGGGCCCCUAUAAUGUAAGACCAUUCCAAUCUGUUUUUAUUCUAAAUCGGCAUUCGCCCUUCCUGAUAGCUCAGAAUUGUUUGGGUCCAGCCCAUAUGGGCAGGCGCCACACCCAUAUAGGCAGACCCUGAGCCAUUUUGAUCUAUCACGGAGGGUUAAUGGUGGAUUUGGAAUAAAAACAAAUUGCAAUAGUUUUAUGUUAUACUGGCCCAGGAGCAAGUCCUCUCUCAUAGAUCUCCAAUUAUACUCUUGCGUCAGCUGACACCAUAUUUGUAGGGUCCUUCAUUUACAGAUAAAACUCAAUAAUUCCCUAUUUUUUGCAUUCCAAACAAAUAUUUUGAAAAUCUGGUUAAACAUGAUUUCUCCCCAAAAUUACACCAUUUCAUGAAGGAUAAGAAAAAUUCAGGCAUUGCAAAAGCAAUGAAUGGUGCCUGCCUUGCAUUCCUUGCAAGUGAUCAAGACAGAUAUUGCGGCAGACAUAUGCCAAUAUUAAAAGUGAAUGCUGAUGUACAUUACUACAGAGUGAGUUCAAACAGCAUCUGCUAGAAUGAAGCCCCAAGAGCAGCAUUUAUGUGCUGACAAGAUGCUACGGCCUGCUACCCCAACCUGUGUCGUGUGGUUCUUUCUCUGUCUUGUUCUUUUUUGCGCAGUUUUUCGUUGUUCGCAUAAUGUCAUACCAACUAGCCCCUCACCGUACGCUUCUAGACUUCAUCUCUUCUACUUGGGGCUCUUUUCUGUGUUCCCUUUCCUACGAGGACCAGAGCGCUGCGUGCACUAGCCUCAUAGCUGCAAAAACUUGCGAGGCCAGGAGGUUGGGAUACUGCUUGCGCAAGAAUACAUGCCCGCCGGAGGUGUUGGGCAUCUUCGGUAUCCUUGGCUGUUCCGAGGGACACUGGAAAAGAAUUGCAAAGAUUCUGAGAAGUGAAUGCUGGAAACACGUCCGCCUGUUGCAAGACUGGCUACGGUGUCUGUGCUUCAGCGUGAAAGGAACGGGCCCCGCAGGCUUCCGGGCUCUCAAGGGUUACCAGGCCCUGGCCCAGUCAUGUGCCGAGUUCCUUUGGAACACGUGGCGACGAAGUUUACCCAAGGCCCCCAGAAAGCAGGUUGGUGCUGUUCCGGUGUUAUACCUUGGAGGGGCGGUCGUUCCACAAGAAGUUGAGAGUGUCCUCAGCAGGGGACCGAAGUUCAGCCUGGAAGUCCCUCUGUGCAAGCACGAGGCUUUGGCGACGGCGCAUAGGAUUGCUGACAAAGUUCAAGGCGAAGAGAAAGAACGUUGCCAUUUAGAAUGCGUUGAUGUGAUCCGCAAUACUUUCAAAGGCACGAAGAAAGGAAAUUCCAUGGUGAGAUCGGUGGCAAGCUUUUUUAGGAACUCUGAUCUCGCUUUGAUGACGGCCGAUAAGGAAGGAGGCUUUGUGGUUUUACCCCAGAAGCUUUUUAGUGAUAAGGCCAUGUCCACUGUCUUAAAGAACUUUAGGAUUGUAGAUCUGAAUCUGUCUCAAGUGAAGGUAAAGGCGGUUGCACUAUUAAGGGAUCUGAAACUCGAUCGGCUAAAAAGUGAAGUGGUGAAAAACAAGGUCACUGUGCUCUCAGUGUUCUUCAGUGCCAAGAGCCACAAGAUGGAGUGCCCUUUCAGAGCCAUCGUUACGGAAACUGGUUCCUGGCAAGCUGCGGUCAGUCAGUACCUUCUGCGCCAUCUGGGAAGUCUGGCACCUGACGAUCCGUACAAGGUCAGCAGCUCAGACCGUGUGGCGCAAGUACUAGUGGAUAACCUUUCUGCUGUUAACUUGGGCUUCUCGGUUGACAUUGAAGAGCCGUUCUAUUCCCUUCCCCACGAAGACCUGUUCUGCACAGUCCGAAACUGUAUUGAAAGAGCUACUUGCUUUUCGAAGCUUACAUCCACUUGGUGGCCACAAGACCGGAUGAGGGCCGCCUUCAUGCAGGAUCUUGCUAUACCGCGCUUGACUAUCUUUGAGUGUGCGGACGAAAAUGGGAGCAGGCUCUUAUGAGACCGAGGAGCGUAACCCCAACAUACAUGAUUGCUUGAGAACGUUAGCUCCAAGUCUAAGAAACGAAGCUUGUUGUCUGACGGAUGCUCCGUGGUCAAUUCAAAAGAAUCUAAAACUAUGCGGAACAAGUCAAAUAUUACUGCAGCAGCAGGCUGCGCGUCAGUAGUGUUAGUAUUCUAAAAAAUUAAAAAGUCAUCGACGUAAUGCAUCACUUUUACAGUGCUUGUCUGGCUGAGCUUAGUUACAAGAUUGCGGUCAUAGCUGGCUAAUAAAAUGUCACUAAGAACAGGGGCUAUACAUGAACCGAUGCACACACCUUUCUUCUGUAUAAAAAGCUUAUCCUCCAUUGAAACGAAAGUGGAAAGCAUAUAAAACCUUAAAAGCUCUAAAAACUUGUCGACGUUGGUACCACAUGCAUUCUGAAACCUAAGAACACCAUAUUUGUCAAUGCAAUGGCCGACUUCAAUGCAUACAUCUUCUUGAGGCAAGGAGUAAUAAAAGUCCUUGAUGUCCACGGAAAAGGCUCGGACAGCCUUUGGACAUUCCUCACGGAGGAAGGUGGAGACAGUACCUGGCGUCUUUAUGAGGAAGGGGUCAUCGAUGUCGAGGAGGCACAGAAACCUUUGCAGGAACGCUCCCACUUGUCGUUGCCAGGUUCCACGCUCAGAAACAAUGGCCCGAAACGGGCACAGUUCCUUGUGCGUCUUGGCGCUGAAAAACACAGAAAGACUGGUUCCAUUGCAGGCCUUUAUGGAGGAGGCCAGCUUGGAGAGUCCGGCUUUUUCGCAGAGCUGAACAGCCUUUGUUUUGACCUUCGCAGGAGCCACUCCGUGCACUUCCUUGAAGUUUCCUAGAAUGGCCGAAUCUGCUUUGCUCUUGUACAAGCCACCAGGCAUCACGACAAAACCACCUUCUUUGUCGGAUAGGAGCAGCUUUAGCCCCGCAUUCCGGACGGUCACUGCUGUGCGGAGCCGAACUGUGUUGCCUUUUUUAACCUGCUGGGGCAGGCAGUCAACACCUUCUCUGAUGCAUCUGUCAGCUUCAUCUGUUCUUGCUUUACCGGCAGCUGUCCUGACGAGGCUGAGCAGUUCCGUCUUGUCCAGAGAAGGAUGCUCACAAAAUUUAGGACCAAGCUGACGCGCAGCCUGCUGCUGCAGUAAUAUUUGACUUGUUCCGUAUAGUUUUAGAUUCUUUUGAAUUGACCACGGAGCAUCCGUCAGACAAGCUUCGUUUCUUAGACUUGGAGCUAACGUUCUCAAGCAAUCAUGCAUGUUGGGGUUACGCUCCUCGGUCUCAUAAGAGCCUUCUCCCAUUUUCGUCCGUGCACUCAAAGAUAGUCAAGCGCGGUAUAACAAGAUCCUGCAUGAAGGCGGCCCUCAUCCGGUCUUGUGACCACCAUGUGGAUGUAAGCUUCGAAAAGCAAGUAGCCAGGCUGAAGCUAGCAGGUUUCCCGGUACCGCUUUUGACCAGCAUCGCUGAAAGCUUCGCAACGAACCUUAAAGGAAAGCAGUCGGCAGCUGCUCUAUCUGAGAAUCGCUCACAACAAAUGGUUGCGGUUAUACCAUAUGUGCACCAGGUUGCGCACAAUCUCAAAAAGGUUGUCAGCAGGGCAGGCGUCAGGUUGCUGUUCACUGCCAAGAAUAAGUUAGGUAGCCUGUGCCACCAAGUCAAUUGGGUAAGCAAGAACAACAAAAAAAGUUGUAAAAAGCAGCACAGACAGAGGUUUGUUGGUGACUGUUGUGACUGUGUGGUGUAUAAGAUUCCCCUUUCAUGCAAGCGUUUUUAUAUCGGCCAAACGGGACGGUGCAUCAAUGACCGCAUGCGCGAGCACUCAAACAAAUUUCAAAAACGAGCAAAAGAUAGUCAUUUGUCACUGCAUGGCAAUGAAUGCGGCUGCAAGCCAUCUUUCGAAGGUGUGACCUACCCGUCAAAAUACCGCGAUGACCGUGCACGCCUUAUUUCCGAAGCUUUCCACAUUCACGUUAGUGGCGAAGCAUGUGUAAGCCUCCCUUCUAUUUCUCUCCUUCCGAAGGAGAUUGCCUUCCUAUUGCAUUAAUUGCAAUCCCCCUGCGCACGCCCAAUUCCGUUGAUUCUGUGGUUUCGGAUAGCGGCGGAGCAUAUAUAUGCUGACUGAAAGAAUAAAGACACUUUGGUUGUUAGUCAA